UGAACCAAUUAAUUCAUUGAUGAUCAAUACCGAUGAUAAUGAUGAUGAUGAUGAGAAUAAUAAAAAUCAUCAUAUUAGCCGAUUGGAUAAUAUUAAGCAACGAAUCAAUCGUUUUGUUUGCAGAUCAUGUCGAUUAUUUAUAACGGCCAAUCUGAUAAUCAAUACUAUUAUAAUCAUUUAUCUAUGGUCGAUGAAUAUGUCAUUGAUUCGAAAUUAUUGUCCACACCAUAAAUGGACAGAAAUAUUAUUGGCCAUUUAUCUAAUGGCCGGUGGAAUCAUAGCCAUUUAUUUGGUGUUACGUUUAAAAUCCUAUUCACUAUUAUGGACAUUUCAUUUGACAAUUUGGCUAGCGAUCGGUCAUCGUUUACAAACAACAAGUCGUUAUUUUGAAUUUGAAUUCAAUGAAGAAGAAUUAAUGUUUUAUAGAUCAAUGUUAUUGCCAUCGAAUAAAUUUUUGGCAAUCAGUGAAUGCGUUAUCGGAUUGAACAUAUGGUUAUGUCUGGUUUAUAUAAUGAAUUUUUUCGGCACAAUUUUUCUCAUUUUAUUCAAUUUGAUACCAUCAAUGUUUCAGGCAUUUUGUUAUCUAAUACAUCAUCGAUUUUUUAAUCGAUGAUUUAUUUUAUUUUUUUCAAAAAAAAAAGUUGAUAAUAUAAUCACUUCAUCUAUGUAUGGCACAUGAUAAUAAUG